AUGACGGAACCGGAGGCCGCUGCUGAGGACCUGGACGCCCUCAUCGAUGAGUUGGAUUACCUCCCAGGCCACUUUCACCUGGAGAUGCAACUGAACUUCGAGCUGCGCUCGCCGGCCUCACUCCGCGCUAGGGACUUAAAGCUGCAGCGGGAGGGCCUGCGACAGGAGCUCGAGCUGGCGCCCGCCCCACAGCGCCCCGCCGUGCGCCAUCUCCUGGGCACCUUCGCUUUCUACCUAGAGGAACUGGACGAGGCCCGCGAGCGCUUCUUCGAGGUGGCCCGCGACGACCCGGGCAACCUCAAUGCCUGGGCCAAUUUGGCACAUGUAUACGGGAGGCUAGGGCAAGAAGAGGAGGAGGAGGAGUGCGCGGGUCGGUUGGCGGCUCUCAUGGGCCUUGCGGCCGGCCCGGACGCCACUGGAGACCCCCAGCUCCGCGCGGCGCGUUGUCUGGCGGAGCAGGGCUAUGCGCACGGCUUCGAUGUGGGCUGCGCCAGCCUGGAGGAGCGCGCGCGGGGGCUGGCGGCGGGGGUCGCGCUGUAUGACAAGGCACUGGGCUACGCGCAGCAGGUCCCAGUAGAGGAGAAAAGGGGCUGGUACUUGACCAUGGCAACACUCUUCAUCAGGCUAGAUGGCAUCUCCCUGGAGCUGAGCAGUGAGGAGCAAAAGCGGCUGCCUGCCUUCAACCGCACGCUGGCUCUGCUCCGGCAAGUACUCAAGUCUUCGGACCCCUACCACCAAGCUCUGGCCUGGUGCUACCUUGGGAUGCUGCUGGAGAGAAAGGACACCUUCUCCACCACGCCCAUGGGAGUCCACGACUGUGGGUACUCAGGGACUGAUCCCCUGGAUUGUUUCGGCAAGGCCAUUGAGAUUGCCAAGGACCACCCUCCCAUCCUGAAUCGCCUGGCCAAAAUCUUCCACUUCCUAGGAAAGCAGGAUAUGGCUAUUGGAACCUGCAACAUGGCACUGGAUGUCCUACGAGAUCCAGAGCUCAACUGGCAGGCAUACUGCACAAGGGCCAAGAUCCACAUCAAAGCCUACCUGCAUGACCUGGAGCGGGCCAAGGUGGGGCUCGGGGGCAUGCCUGACAGGAACCACCUGGCCUGCGCCAAGGCUGACCUUGAGGAAGUGGUCAAGGUGUGUCCAGGCCUCAAGACCUACCUGGACAUCGGCCAGGUGUACUACUACAUGGGCGUGGACGCAGUGCAGGAGUUGAUGGCUGUGGAUGAGGCUGCGCUGAACCAGGCCCUAGUCUUCCUGGCCAAGGCCAGCGAGUCAGAGUUGGGCGCGACUUUGCCAGAGCUGCAGCUGCUUCGAGGCAAGUGCCUACGCAUUAAGGGCGAGGAAGCCAACGCAGCGGCCUGCUUCAAACGCGCUGUGGAGCUGGACGACGCGGGCUCCAGUCACACCGACGGUUUCGGCUGUCUGCUUGAGGCGCUGCUGGCGCAGUGGAGCCAGGCGCAGCUGAGCGAUGGCGAGCUGGGCCGCGAGGUGGAUGCGUGGCUGCUCCGUGCUCAGCGCAAGUACCCAGCGGCGCGCCUUCGCCAGGAGCUGCAGCGCGUGUGGCGCGGCAACACCGACGAGGUGUUGGGGCUGGCCCGAGCAAUGGUGACUCAGGGCCGGCUGGCGCUGGUGCGGCUGCUCUUUGAGACCAUGGAGCUUGAAAGGGAGGGCGCAGGCGAGGGCGCUGCGCGGGGCCACCGGGCACUCUUAUUCUGA